GCCUACAGUGAAGCAAAAAAAUGGCGAGAGGAAAGGGGGAGAAGGCAGUAUUUAUAGAGUGAGAAGUAAGGACAAGAGCGGACCUGCCAUGGGGGCCCCACUGGCAAAAAUUAUGCAGCCCCAAAACGACGACGUUUUGAGGCUGUAUAUAUGUAUAUGUAUAUCCUCAGCUACUGCCUCCACGCCCAGCCAGCAUAUCCAUCACUCCAUCAGAACUCUUCAUCGGAGAUUUGCAGAUUCGCGGCACAUUACUCCACGCCUCCACCGACGACCGUCGUCCGGCUAUUCUCCUCCGUGCCUCCGUGUCUUCGUCCGUUCACCAUUCGUCCACCAUUAUAGAUUUACAGCCUCAGCUAGUCGUGGGUUUGGAGCGACACCAUCGACGGGAAAUUGAUUUGCUCCGGUGAAGCGUUGCGCUUAGGGGAUGGCACGAGGUUUAUUUAUAAAGCUCGAGUGAACAAUCAAGUUAGUGCUGAAGUGCUUUUGAAGGGAAUUCGGGUUAGCCCGCUCUGCAAAGUUCGAAGUAGCGAAUUCUCCCAGAUUAGACUUCUAAUCAGCUCUAAAGCUUGACUAUGGAAUCAGCAGUUAAGAAAUACCAACAAAGAUUCAGAAAAGUGGAGGAUGAGAUUGAUAGGUGGGAGGAGCUUCACACUAGACUGCUUUCCCAAUUCGCUAACGCUUCCUCCAUCAUCCAGAGAUUGCAGGUGAUUCAAGGUUCAAAAAACUAUGGUGCCUUGAAAUGUAUUCAAGGUAUUGAAGAUGCUGUUUUGGCUAAACAGUUGAAUUCUCUGCAAACUAUUCUGCUUUCUAUGAAUAAGACUUUGGAAGGAUUUCAUUCCAUUGUUUUAUCAUUUGAGAAGAUUGUUCGUGAUAGUAGACAGCAAUUAAAAGGCGGGUCAGCUCAACCAACUGUGAAACAGUUGCAGCAACGAAUUGGCAUCAAACCAAGCCUUGCAGAUUGCUUAGAUGGGCUAACUAUUCUUAGUGAGAUGCACCAAUCAGAGUACCGUCUUAAAUUGUCUCUGGUAUCAGCAACUUCAACACUUGCAUUGAAACCUAGUGUUACUGAUGAUUUAAGUGUCCUCCAGCAGCUUUUGGUAGAUCAGCCUAACAUCCCUAAAGAGGAAGUGCAAUUUAUAUUUGACAUCAUUUUUGCUGAAGACAUCUGUUGAUGCCCACAACUUGAGAGGGUGGUAAAAAUCUUGAAAUUGGCACGAGGUGAAUGACCUUACAAAAAGUGAUUGAGGAUUACAAUGUGAACAGCCUUGGGAGAUUUAUAGAGACUCAGUUGUAGAGCAGAGAACUUUAACAUGGCUACCAACAAGGAAUGGAAAUAUAUAUCGACCAUGAGAAUUGCAAAACCCCCUUUCUGGCAUAUUUGCGGUUCAGCAUAUACUUACCUAUCGUAUUCCCCUUCUUUGUAGGAUGUGAUUUUCUGUGGCAGGCCACAAAUUACAUUUGAUUGGGAUGAUCAAAAAAUUAUUUUAUUUGUAUAAUACACUAUUAACAUCUAAUUAUGAAUCACAUAUACAAUAUGAUUAUCAAGUUGUUGGCUUUAGAAUGGUAA